CUUUAAUCUUUCUUUCUAUCCCUCAUCCUCAUCCUCUCUCUUAUUCGCAUGUUGUCUUUCCUCACUCAUGCUUAUUACGUGACCAUCGAACGACUUCCCUCACGCCGUCGUCGUCGUUGUUGUUAUUGUCGUUCAGUCUUCCUGCUUUUUUCCUUCCUUUAUUACUAUUUCAAACUACUACUAUCACUACCACUAUCUAUAACAUUAUUAUUGUUAUUAUCAUUGCUAUUAUUCUCAGCGAGUCAGUGCCAGUCGUCUAUAUAAAACAGUAUUGCUAAACACUUACAUAUGAGAAUAUAUACACAUACAUGUAUAUACACAAACAUACAAUCAGACAUACUCACACAAAUAUACAUGCGUUUUACAAACUCACAUUGACUGACAGUCUUGACGUAUAAGCAGUGAAUAUUGAAAGCGUGAUACAUUAAGAUAUAUACACAUACUAGGGAGAGAAAAUACAUACACGGACACACAUACAAACGCACAUACAUACAUACAUACACACAUACAUACCCAAUUUACAUACAUACAUACACAACCAAUUAACGUUGUUGUCACUUGGAUGUUGACGUAGAAAAAAAAACUGUCUUUUACCCUCUGUUGGAUUACAAAACAUUCGGUGAGUGUCAUUUCUGGAACUUCUGCUGAUAACUCUAAAGAAAUGAUAUGACUGGUACAGUUUAGCAGAGCAACAUUGAGCUUCUCAAAUGAAGUAGAAGACUGCAGCUGACUACUCUUAGAUUCAGCCGUUCCAAAAUUAACACUGGUGGAUUUUACUGUAAACCUGACUGGCUGGCAUUUCUCCGAAUUGCUGUUACAUGAAAGCAAAAACGGAAAGUUCAUUGAAAGUGGUCAGUCUUGCAAUUGCAUCCUACUAGAUCUGGCAACUUAUUACUGCUGUUUGCAGCAUUUUGUAUGGAAGCUUUCACAGUGAGGAUGCCCUCUGGUGGUUACAUAGCUGGCAAAGCUUUGACAAGGUGGGAAGCUGACACUGACAACAUCGAUAUAGACUAUCGUAGCCUUGAAGGAGACAACCGCUGUAAGUGGUUAAAUGAGUGUUUUAGUGGACGGAAAGGCCUUGUGCUACGAAUUUUACUGGUCUUUGUUCUCUUUUGUGUUGGAUUAAUUGUUGGAUACAUAAUACGCCGGAAUGUACACGAACAUUUUAUUGCACCAGCUGCAAAAUGUGAACCCCAGACACCACAGGGGUACUGGGACAAUAUUCGUGAAAAAAUUCUUGCAGAACUUGAUCGGCCUCGGAAUUAUGAACAGCAUUUACGGGAUAUUACCAGCAAGAUCUUUCUAUCUGGGGUUGGUGGCACAAAUAGACUAAUCCUAUAUGUUCGAUCAAUCUGGAAAUUUGAAGUCCCAGGAAUGAAUGCCGUUCAUUUGAAGAAGUACAACGUACAGCUUUCUUAUCCAAAUUGGGCUGAACCAAAUCAAGUUUUUAUCCAAGAUGGCAACAACACAUACUUUCAGUCACACUUUAAUUGGUCUAAUGAACAUGUGGAGUAUGCACCUUUCAAUGGAUAUGCACCUGCAGGAACAGUAAAGGGUCAUUUGUUAUAUGCUAACUAUGGGGAGAAAUCAGACUUUGAAAAACUGCAAAAUGUGAAUGGUAGCAUUGUCAUUAUGAGAUAUGGCCGAGUGCAUCCUGGGAGCAAGGUGAAACAUGCGGAGAAUUUUGGUGCCAUAGGGGCAAUCUUGUAUGGGGACCCAUUUGACUAUGCUUCCAAACAGUCAAGUGUGUAUCCGUCAUCUUGGUGGCUACCACCCUGGGCUGUCAAAAUAUCUCAUGUUCGCUAUACUCUCAGUGGGGAUCCCCAGACACCAGAUUAUGCAGCUUUAGAUCAUAUCCAUGAAAUACCAGAUUUUAGCAAGAGUUACCCGAAGAUUCCUGUACAUUCUGUCAGUUACUCUGAUGCUGAAGAACUUAUGAGGGAUCUGACGGGCAACAAUUUGGGAGCACAUUGGCUUGGAGGACUUAACAUCUCUUACAGUACUGGGCCUGGUUAUACAGAACCUAGAAACAACAGGAUUGUGAACUUAACAGUAAACAACCAAAGAUCAAGAAGAGAUAUUAGUAAUAUUAUUGGGGUGAUCCGAGGAAAGUAUGAGAAAGAUAAAUACAUUAUUGUUGGUGCUCAUGUUGAUUCAUGGACUCAGGGGGCAGUAGACUCAGGCAGUGGCUAUGCCAUCCUAAUGGAAUUGGUCAAGUCGUUCUCCAAUGUUAUGAAAAAAGAAGACUGGAGACCACGACGAACUAUCAUCUUUGCAUUAUGGGAUGCUACCAAAUAUGGGCAUAUUGGAGCCUAUGAAUGGGUUCAGGAAUACAAUAAACAGUUGAGUAGUGGUGCUGUAGCUUAUAUAAACCUAGAUGCUGUGAUUAGAGGAAACCACACAUUCUUUGCUGCAGCAAGUCCAUUACUUGUGGGACUUAUUCGUAAUGCCACUAAAACUGUUGCAUGUCCUUGCUCUGACGCUGGUUCAAAGCGAACUGUCUUUGACACUUGGCUCGACAAUUUCCCGAAUGCUGAUAAAAGUCAGCCUAAUGUUUCUCAGCUUCAUGGUGAUGGUGACCAUUCCCCAUUUCUUUAUCAACUGGGCAUCCCAUCUUUAGCCCCAGCUUAUAUGUACAACCAAAAUGUGUAUCCAUAUCUCCCAACCUACCCAGCUUAUAAUACCUUAGUGGAUACAUUUGAUUACUUACGGAAUUUCAUAGACAGGGAUCUCACUCUUCAUAUGACGGUAGCCAAAGUCGUGGCUGAAGUAAUUCUUCGAUUGUCCGACUCUCUCAUUCUCCCACUGGACGUUAACAACUACGUUUGGCAUGCACUCAGCGUUGGACGUGAAAUGCUAGGACGGUUUAACAGAACCUAUGAGGAAGCAGGAAUAUCAUUAAACAUACUCUACCAGGCAAUGGACAAUUUCUCAAGAGCAGCUGAUGACUUUUUCCAAAUUUACAGAAACUUGCCAGAAAAAAAUCUCAGUGAAUGUGAGAUUCACAUAAUAAACCACCAGCUCAUUCGGUUAUCUCGAGCAUUCAUUGUUGACAGAGGUCUUCCAGGGCAACCCCAUUACAAAAAUGUGUUGAUGGCUCCUCAUCCGGACAAUAUUAAUGAACAGCUUAUAUUCCCAGGUGUUAUAUCAGCAGCCCUGGAAGGACAGAGUUCAAAAGACUACACUCUGUUGAAGGAGCAACUUGCUGUGUUGGUCUUGGCUUUCCAAACAGCAGAAGAUGUACUUAGUGAUGGCUUGAUUGGUCGAGAUGAAUGGUAGCCUCUUGUUAUCGUCAUUUCCAUUGUUGACGUCAACAGACCGUUCAUCUUUCUCACUUCUCAUUUCUUCCACCAUUAUUGUUUUUAGUAUAUAUUUUCCUUAAAUAUGUUUUUUUACAUUUCUUUUAAUUUGAUUUUUGUCUAAACAUUUUUAUUUCAUUUCUUUUAUUUUCAAUUUUCAAUUGAAUUCUUCCAAAAAAAAAUUUUCUGUUUUAUUCAUACUUAAAAUUUUAAAACCUUUCCCCCUUUUUUGUUUCUACUUUAGUUUCAUUUGUUUGGAUUUUUUUUUCUUUUUUAAUUUUUAAAAUUAUUUUCUCUUCAAAUUAUCUACUAGUUUUGUCUUCUUUUCUCUUGGUUUUUGUUUGGUUAUUUUUUAUCUUUUUUUUUUGUCUGGUACUUUUUUUUAAUGAGACCAACAUAAAUAACAGCACUAUUGGCAUCUGGUAUUUUUACACACACACACAUUGUAAAGCUAUAUACAACAGUGAUUUGCUACAUCGAAGACAUAUUUUCUGAUUAUUUUUCCUGGAUAAACAUUUUUUGGUAUAUACAUCCCCAAAUAAUUUCAAAAAAAAUUUUUAAAAAACUUACAAAAAAAUUUCCAAAAUCUAAAACGAAAAAAAAAGACAGAUUAAUAAAUUUAAAAAGACAAAAAAAAGACAAAAAGAAAAAAUUACAAAAUUGUUUUAAAAAUCAUUUACAAAAAAUAAAUAUAAGUAAAAAAAAAAAAAGACUUUUUUAAAUUGUAAAAAGUUUUAGAUAUUUAGAUGAUGGAAGAAUGUGAGAAGGGGCUAAUGAAGUAACUUGUGGGGAAACUGGAGAAAUAUGUGUGAGCAAGUAUGGUUUUAGGUGGCAGUUGGGGGUGAGAAAGAAAAAUUAGCUAGAGAUCCACUUCAGAAUAAAAGAUCAAGUGAAUCUAUAUACACAUGUAAGUGUGUAUACACAUACACACACACACACAUACACACAGACAUAUAUAUAUAUAUUUCUGAGUGAUGAGUAUUUGCAAAUAUGUGUGAAAGAAAGGAGUAUUAGUGUAGAUGGUAUGCAAAUAAGUGAGUGUUUGUGUGCAUGUGUGUGUGUUUUGGUUAUUAGUCUGAAAAGAAAGGAAUGUUCCAUGUCUUUUUUUUUUUUAAUCUUUAGUCACUCUUAGCUUGAAAGUAUUUCCUGACUGUUAGCCCUUCUUGGUUGGGUUGGGUACUCAGAGGGCCUUUCAGUGAGUGGAAGUGUUUGUUAGCAGUUAUGAGGAAAGGGAAAGAGAGAGAGAGAGAGAGAGAGUUAUGAGUUGCAAUGAAAGGAAUGGCAAAAAGAACAUAAGACAUUAUGGAGAGUGAGAACUAAGACAGGGAGAGAGUAAGACUGACAAGCAGUUGUUGGGGGUGGGGACAGAAUUGAGAGAGGAGAGCUCAUUACAUACUACAUGUAUCAGGUAAUGGAGGGCUGAAAUGACAAGAAACAGAACAUGGCAGCAAGAGUUGGACUUUAAAGAAAAUGGAUUCACGGUACCAGUAAGAGAAAGGACUAAAGAAAACUAACAUGGAAAGAGGCAUAUUCAUAGACAUAACAAAGUUUACUGGAAAUAAGGAAUACAAGUAAAAGAAAAGAUUACGAACUGAAAGCGACAUCAUAACACGAGUAGUUUGGAAACAAAAGUAGAAAGGAGAGGGGAAAAAAUGUUCUGUUUAACCAUGUGAGUCUAUGAAUAAUAACAUUUGAUUAGUAUAGACUAGAAUGAAGAUUAGUGUUUCUUGGUGUAUAAAUUAUGUAAAUUUGUUAUUCUACUAUGUCUGAUAAAUGGAUGUGUUGACUUUGAUGUCAUAACAGGUAAAGGAGUGAGAAUGUGAAUGAAUGAGAAAGAGAGAGAAAAAUUGUUUGCAUAAUAGGUUUGUAAAAGACAUUAAACAUCCUUGCUUGGAUGGAAAUACAAUGGAUGGGUUACAGCCUACAUAUUAUGGAGAAUCAAGGAAAAAAAUAAAUUUCAAAUAAUAAUAAUAAUAAUAAUAAUGUUGAUGAUGAUGAUAAUGAUGAUGAUAGUGAUUAAAAACAGUCACAAACUAAAAUUGUAAAUUCAUUAAAACUGAACUGAAAGUCACAUGAGAUGUUAAACUAUUGUGUCUUGGACACAGUCAUCCAUUCAUUCGUACAUACAAACAUGCAUGCCUAUGUACAUACAUAGAUGGGUCUGUGUGCAUAUCUGUCAUAUAUAUAUAUUGUGUUUGUGUGUAUGUAUAUGUGUGCAUAUAUAUAUAUAUAUAUAUAUAUAUAUAUAUAUAUUCAUGUACAAAAACUGAGAGAGAAAAAUAUAAAAAGACAUUAAAUAAUCUACUUAUGAAAAGCAAAACUAAUGUGUAUUAAGGCAGACAAAUGUUCUGUUUGUGUGUAUGGAUGUAUUUGUCUGUAUGUGUAAACAUUUGAAGUGUCAUCUUUAAUUGCCAACAACUUUUUUAACAUUUCAAACUAACUGUGCAACUAUGACAACACAUCCAACAAAGGCAAGAACCAAUAACAAUAACAACAAUAAUUAUAUUGUUUAUUACCACUAUGUAUAUCUUUCUUUCCUUAUUACUCUUGGAAGAGACAAAAGUAAUACAAAGAUCAGCCAAAACAUUUACUUUCGAUAACUACAGCUACAAAAGGAACUACUUCUACUAUUACUAGUACUUCUACUACCACCAUCAGCAUAUCCUUUGUUUUAAUAUUGGCAGAUACAGAAUUGACAAGAAUCUACUGAAAUAAAAUUAAGAGACAGUAAGUCUUCAAAAUUAAAGAACAACAAAUUAAGGAAUUAUCUAAAACAAUUUGCUUUUAAUACAACACAACACAAUCCUGAAGCUACUGGGA